UGAGGCCUCCGUACUCGCUAACACGCUAAAGGAGGAAUGAAAGUCUUAUGUUCGCUGCUGCUCCUCCAUGCGCUCUACCGGGCGACCUGGGCGUGUGCGGCCGAGGCGGAGGGCACCAGCUCGGACACGCUGGUCCUGUGCAGGGCGUGCGGACACCAACUGGCGUCCGGCUCGGACAUGGGCUCGGUGCCCAGCCGCCUGGCCCUGUCCGCCAGCAACCACACGCUGCCCGGGGGACGCAGCGUCCACGUGCAGGUGUUCCAGAACCCGCAGGGCCGCCGCUUCCACGUAGUCGUCUUCAAGAAGGCGGACGUGGUCAAGCGUGGGCCGGCGGACGAACGCUUCUCUUGGUUCCCGGGCUUCUCGUGGACGGUGGUCACGUGUCCCCAGUGUUCCACACACCUAGGUUGGGCCUUCCAGCCCACUUCCUGGCCCCAAACGACCUCGGCGUCGGAGCAGACCUUCCUGGCUCUGAUAGUCCAUCGCCUGCUGAGAGAAGACUUCGCCUCCAGCCUGCUGGUGACCCCCAAGUCCUUCACCGGCUGACAUGUGCAGCAGUCCACGUCCACAUAUGUGUACACCUUACCUUUUAUUAUUGAAACUAAGCUUUGGGACCCUGAAUGUCAACUAAAACUGGCACUUUUUUAGUAACAAGAACAUGGUGGACUAGGAGUUGAUGAGUCGGUCCUCACAAAUGCCGACAGAUUUUUUUAGUGUUUCAAAACAACCCGUUUGGGACCCUGAAUGUCAACUAAAACUGGCACUUCUUUUUAGUAACAAGAACAACAUGGUGGACCAGGACUUGAUCAGUCGGUCUUCACAGACAAAUGUCGACAGACUUUU